AUGGUUGUUCUACGAGAUGGACGGACAUUGAUCGGGUUUUUAAGAAGUAUGGAUCAAUUUGCUAAUUUAGUUCUUCAUCGUGCAUUCGAACGCAUAUGCGUUCAAAAUAAAUAUGCCGAUAUACCACGAGGCGUUUUUGUUAUACGAGGAGAAAAUGUUCUACUCAUUGGAGAAGUGGACUUCACUCAUCCAAUUCGUGUGCCACUUAUUGAAGUAACAAUUGAAGAAAUAUUAAAAUUACAAAAAUUGGAUAUUGAAAAAAAAGAACGAAUUGAAAAAUUAAAACAAAAGGCUAUGAUACAACGAGGACUUAUAAUGGACGGUGAAACACCAUACGCAUAUGAGUAUAGUGAAUCAGCUGCUUUAUUUAAUUCAUAUGCUGAAACAAAUCCACCACAGAUAACUGCCACUGAAUUUGAUAAUGCUCAAGAAUUAUUAUGGGCUGGAAGUAAUGAAGGUCGUGUUGUAUCCUAUUUUGGUUGUGAAUUACGUAAAUAUACGGCAUUUCGUGUUUCAACAACAUCUGAAGUAAGACAAAUAUCGUCGUUAACAGAAGGACCGUUAAUUUUAACAUCCGAUUCAUUAUCAUUGUAUACAAGACAAGGACUAAACAUAUUUCAACAUAAAGCACCUUAUUUAGAUAAUAUGCAAUGUAUGUUAAUGCCAUCAAGUCAUAAACAAAAAAAAAUUUACAUAGGCGGUUAUAGUGGAACAUUAUGUGAAAUGGAUUUUGAUAAAAAACAAUUAUUAAGACAAGUGACGUUGGAUGAAGGCGAUUGUAUUAUUUUAAAAUAUUGUUCUCGAAAUUUUAUUGCAACUGGUGCAACAAAUGGUGUUGUCAACUUACGUGAUCCAAAUUCGUUACAAAUCAUACAACGUUUUAUACCUCAUCAUGGAAGUUUAUCCGAUAUUGAUAUCAAUAAUAUGUAUCUUGUUACAUGCGGAUUUACAAGAAAUAGAAUGGAUCAAUUAUCAUUGGAUCGUUUUUUAGUUGUUUAUGAUUUACGUAAUAUGAAAAAAAUGGCACCUGUACCCGUAUUUAUUGAUCCAUGUUUUUUACACUAUCAUACAAUGACAAGUACAUCGGUUAUGGUAGCAUCACAGCAAGGACAUCAUACGCAGGUUGAUUUAACUGGAGGAACACAAUCUUACUCGCCUAUAAUUAAUUUGACUACAAAUCCAGCAGGAAUAAUUACGACAUUUUCUGUAUCUACAAGUAUGCAUUGUACAGCAUUUGGACAUUCUACAGGAACUGUUCAUCUAUUGUAUAAAAAUGAUCCUCAAUGCUGUUUUAACUAUCAAUCAGUCGAGACACAAUUUGCAAAACAGCCAAUUGAAUCAAAAGUUGGUUACAUCGAUAUAAACGAUGAACUAGCGUCAAUUUCAAAUAUUCCUAUACCUAUCACUCCGUUGAAACUAAUAUCGGAUAUGUCAAAACAAUGGACAAAGCCUAUUAGCAGACCUACACCAAAAAUUCCCGAUGAAUUUUUAGAAAAUGUUCGGGUAUUUCAAGGUUUGGCUUGUGUUAAAAAUCCAGCAAAUCGUCGUGCUAAUCAAUGGCCAUAUUUACCUGAUUCUGAUCUUAUCUUACCACGUGAAACAAUUAAAUUUUUACCGGAUGAUGAAGAAAAUGAAACAACGAAAAAAGAGGAAGACUAUAUUUUAUUGAAUCAGAAUGGCAAUGGUGAUACAAAUAAUGAAAACAAUGAUCAUGAACAAUUAUUAACAACAGAUAUUGAAAAUAUGAAUUUAAAUCAACAACAACAACAUCAAACGAUAUCUUCAAACAUGGCAUGA